AUGUCCCGGGAAGCGCGACCAGCUGUUGUUGAGCCCAUGGCAACCAGAGACUGGGCAACAGUGAUGCAGAAAAUGGAAUCCUACCGUAAUAAACUGGCAAAGGAGCGGCGGCUUUAUGAUCCGUUAUAUUACUAUCUCAUAGAUCAUUCGGGGCCAACACUUCCCCACUGCAGACCUGUUUGGCGAAUACUUUCCAAGAAUGAGGCUCUCUCCAAACACCCCAAUGACACACCUGUGAAAACAGAAAAAGAGCGUAAUAUUAAGGAGCUUGUGACAAGCACCUUCAAGGCAAUAACGAAACCCGGAAAGGAUAACCUUUCUGAGAUGGAGCGCACCUCACUGGAGAACGUACUCUGGAAGCGACAGCUAAUCGACGAAAACGAAGGCAGGGACCCCUAUGAACGAGCGAGAGACGGUUAUAAAAAAUCUCCGGCGGUCUGCCCACGUGGCAAAGAGUGGAAAGACACGCUUAAACUAGGUCUCGAGUUACGUGACAUAUGGCGCAAGGCGCAGAAAGAGUUGGGGGUUCACAGUAGUCGGAGGCAGAAAACUUCGCAUUUACGCGCUGGGUGGACUCUUCCAUCUGGUGCUCGUGGAAGAGGUGGCCCACCGUCUUCACUGAGCGACCUGAUCAACCUGCAACGCGCCUACCGCGUCAUGCUGCUGUUCACCGACAAGUUAGCCAUGGGCAAAGAGGCAGCUGGUUGCGUGGAAUCUGGAAAGAUUAGAGGAGAGGGAUCAGUAGAUAACAACGGGUAG